AUGGCGUACAACUUGCCGCGGCAAAUCACCGAGAAUAAUCCCUCAGAUACGCGCCAAAUGCACUUGCCGCCACAUGUCAUCCAACAGCUCAACGCCGCAAAGGGCGGCCAUCUCCAAAACUUCAUCGCGAGCUAUUCGCAGAGAUCUGCAGUAUAG